CCCUGUGACUGUGACCAAAUGCUUACCAGGCACUCCCUUACCAUAAAAACACAAACCCCCUUAAGCACUCUAUAUACAUUUACUACCCAUCUAACACUUUCAUCCCCCACACCUACGCCUGUUUUCUUACUGCAUACACACACCAGCUUGCCCCACCAACCUCUGCACUAUCACCACAUACUCUAUCUGUCCAUAUGUUUUAUAAAGUCAUUCAAGAAAUAACUCCACUAAAUCCAAAAAAACUAAUUCCAUUCUCACAACAGUAAUGUGGAGGAGGCAUAGCAUGUCCGAAUGUCAGUAUCACAAUCUGUGACCUUAAAAAGGUAUGGUGUCAGGACAAAAGGAAGUAAAACACCCCCCUUGAGUCUUGCAUGCAGGGCCUAUAAAUAGUUUUUUGACAUGAUAUGCUUGCUCAAUUCCUUGGAUGGAUGACCAAUAAACUCACAAGUGAGAAAGAAAGGGACUUUGAUCAACAACUGGUGCCCUGCUCAUCUCUUUAAAGACAGGUCUUCUACAUUCUCAGGGUGGAGCUGCUCUAACAGACACAGCAUCUUAUGGCAGACAUCAGAAAGUCAGCAGAGAUGGCAAACGUAGACAAACUCAUUGAGCACAUAGGAGACUUUGGGCCUUUCCAGAAGAAGAUUGUUACACUUGGUGCAUUACCGUUGAUGCUCUUUGCUUUUGUUCUUGUCGGGGUUGUUUUCAUAGGACACGCUCCAGAUCACUGGUGUUGGAGUCCUGAAUCCGAGGGUCUUCAGGAGGAAUGCGGCUGGACAGACUUUGAGGUGCGGGAAGUCACUGUUCCCCGCUCUGAGCAGUCGGCUUCCUUCAGCCGCUGUGAGAGGUUUGGCUUGGACUGGAGCAAAAGCCAAAACAAAUGCAAGGAAAUAGACUGGCUAUUGGCUUCUAAUGCAACCCAGUUGGUGCCUUGUGACAGCAGAUGGGUGUUUGAUAAAAGCCACAGCACUAUUGUUUCUGAGUUCUCAUUAGUCUGUGAGAAAUCCUGGCUUGCUGAUCUGAAUCAAGUAUUCCUGGCAUUUGGAUUUUUUAUUGGAGCUUUUGUCACUGGCUACGUGGCUGACAGGUUUGGUAGAAAGCCAUGCCUCAUUGCAUCUAUGGUUGGUCUUGGUGUCUCAGGUGUAGGUGUCAUGCUGUCGCCAUGGUACCCACUGCUGCUCACUUUUCGAUUUCUACAAGGGUUUUGUGGAAAGGGAGCAUGGACGGCCACCUACGUACUCGUGAUUGAGUUCUUUGGAUCAAACAACAGGAAAUUUGUGUCCAUGGUGUGUCGGACUUUCUACUCCAUUGGCAUGGUCAUCCUGCCUGGUCUGGCUUACUUCCAUACCUCCUGGAGGACUCUGCAGCUGGUCAUGAGUCUGCCCUGCAUCCUGUUCAUCUCAUACCACUGGAUUGUUCCUGAAUCUCCACGCUGGCUGUUCUCACAAAAAAGAACUACAGAGGCCAUGAAAGUUGCUGCGAACAUUGCAAAAUGCAACAGGAGAUCUUUACCACAUAAUCUUUCAGAGAUGAUUCUUUUGGAGGAAAAGAAAGAAGUAAAUCCUGUAUCAAUAAUGGAUUUGUUUAGGACACCAUAUAUAAGAAGAAACACACUAAUUUUAACUUAUGCCUGGUUUACAAGUACCAUUGUGUUUCAAGGCCUGGUCCUGCGGCUAGGGAUCACAGGUGAUAACCUCUUCAUGGAUUUCUUUAUCUCCGCUGUGGUGGAGCUUCCCACGGGUCUCAUCUUCUACCUGCUGGUCGACAGAGUUGGUCGACGCUCCCUUAUGGGCAUCACCAACUUCACUGCUGGCAUCGCCUGCCUCAUAGUCCCCUUUGUCUCCAUGGAGUUGGCCUGGUUGAAAAAGUCCAUUGCUAUCAUCGGGAGGCUUGCUGUUGUUAUUGGAUUUGAGACCCUGAACUUUGCAAACACAGAGAUGUAUCCAACACCCCUGAGAAAUUUGGGUGUGUCAGUGUGUUCAUCAGCCAGUGACUUUGGAGCAAUCGUAGCCCCAUUUCUGCUCUACAGACUGGCCAGUAUCUGGCAGGAGCUGCCGCUUUUUCUUUAUGGUGUGAUGUCGGUGCUGUACAGCGGAUUGGUGAUUAUGUUGCCUGAGAUGAGCGGAGUUGCUCUGCCAGAGACCAUAGAGGACGUGGAGAACCUAAAAGGGAAGAGAGAGACAAAGGAUGCAGAGAGAAACAGUGUGAUUAUACGACUGAAGCCUUGAGGAGCUGGAACAUUACAGGAUUAUUCUUCCAUGUGUUUUCUUUACAAUGCACAUGAUGUCCUUGUGUAGUCUCAUCAUUAGGUUUACAGCCAAGUACUGUGAAAUGUACUACGGUGGUUGUUAUUGCAGUCUUGUAUCACAUUAGAUAUUCUAAGGCUUUAAAGGUGAUAACUAGAGAAUUGCACUGUGAGGGGAUGACACAGGAGGUGUUAGGAAAUUAAGAAAGGAUCCAUAUUUUUGCAACCUCACACCUCAACAAUACUAAUUCAGCAGUAAAUGAUGCUUAUUUAUAUCUAGAUUGAGGACCUUACGUCAUUUUAAGAUGAGGGCCAAUAGAGUCAUAUGAUAAUCUCAGCUACUGAGCAGCAGUAAAAUUAUUGAUUAUGGUACCUUGUCUUUGUAUUUUAUUUGUC